AUGCAACGAAUUUCGUUUUUCCGAUGGAUCUAUCUUUUGCUCACUAAUUCCUUUCGCCUGGGCUGGCUGUGCCUCCUCAUCAAAAUGUGGUUCGAUCAGAAAACUGUCAACGAAAUCGUCCCCGACGAGUUCAACCUUGUCAAAAAGCACACAAUCGGUCGCUACAUUUUUCUCACGCACUUGAAUCAAAUGUCCCACAAGAUCGCUUUUCUUGCGCUGUUUUGUGCUGAUCUCGGUCUUGUCCGUUGGAGAAUGGCUUCGAUGUUGUUCCAAAGUUACGUGAUACCUCAAACGACUACAACUUUUGUUAUUUACUGGGCAAUGUACAUGAAGGAUCCCUCGCUCGUGCGCAAUCCCAAAACAGUAGAAGUAGGAGUCGUAUGA